CACUUAGGCCCAACACGAGGCUCCGAGAGAAUCUUCUUUCCCCAAACUGCUCGGUGCCCUUCUUCGCUCACUCGGGCGGCGGACGAGGCCGCCGGCGCGCGACGAUGGGCGGCGAGGGGAAGUCGAGGAAGCGCCGCUCUUCUCCCUCCUCAGGGGAGGAAGAGGGGAGGGAACGGAGGAGGCGGGACAAGAAGGAUAGCAGGAGGAGCAGACGGGAGGACAGGGAGGAGGAGGAGGAGGACGACAGGCACAAGAAGAGGAAGAAGAGCAAGCACAGCGACAGGGACAGAGGCAAAGAGAGGGAUUCGAAGGAGAGGCAUUCCAAAGAGAAGGAGAAGAGCAAGAGAAAAGACAAGGAUGCAGUCUUCAAAGAAAUAUCUAAAGAUGACUACUUUGCAAAGAACAAUGAGUUUGCGACCUGGCUGAAGGAAGAAAAAGGCAAAUAUUUUUCAGAUCUUUCUUCAGAGUCUGCUCGUGAUCUGUUCCUAAAGUUUGUGAAGCAAUGGAACAAAGGAAAGCUACCAUCACAAUACUAUGAGGGGAUUACAAGCGGUCCACGAUCAGCACACAAUUGGAACAUCAAAGCGUGAGGCAUGUUCUCCUUCAUUGUGGUCUGCAGCAUGAGGCAUCUUGUGUUUUCCUGGCGGGAUUUUCACUUAGUUGUGGUGCACCAGACUACCAGUACAACUGCUUUUGAUCUUCUAGGUUAUUGUAAAGCUGAUGUGCAGAAUGUGUUUCUAAAGCAGGAGGGUAAAUCAUAGGUCUCUAGUAUCGGUGUUUAACAUUAAUGCUAGUUCUUCAAUGAUCAUUACUGUUGGAUCCUGAAAAUGAGCAAACCACCUGCUGAGAGAGCUUUGCUUUGAUCGUAAGGGCAUGUGAUGUUCAUGCAAUGCUAAUAUCUAAGGUUUUCAACAGCAGUA